AUGGCUACAGGGUUGCAAACACGUACGAAAAAGUCACCAAUCGAUUUAAACAAUCCACUAGCAUUGCCUUCGGAAUGUCGCUCGCCUCUUUUAAUUUUAAGUAUUGGGCAAACAACCAUUGGUAUAGCAUCAUUUCUACUAGGAAUCAUUGGUUUUUUACUCCCAAACAAUCAGCUAAAUGGCGCAAUCGUUCUUGGAGUCAAUAUAUGGGCAGGAUUGAUUUACAUGUUAACUGGUGCAACUGGCCUUAGCCUUCAUAGCAAGCAUCAAAGUUACAUGACACAUUUAUUUUUUUCCUUUUCUAUGCUGAGUGUGGCUCUGACAUUUGUGCACUUUUUUAUCUUCCUGGGAUUUUCCUUGAUUAAUGAUCGUGCUAUUGAUACAAAUUGGUUAAGUAUCACAAGCGGAGUUCUGGCAGGUUUAGAACUUAUAUUUAGCUUGAUAAGCAUGGCAUUACUAGGCAAUUUCGUUUAUUGUCGACCAAAUUAUACGGCAAUCGGAUUCGUUGAUAUAGCAAAUAUUCAAACGGAAAAGAAAGCUAUCCAAUAUGUUUCACAAACGACGUAUCCUCGACAAUCAGAUUUCUUACAUGGAAAGAAGUUACCUGUUCAUGAGGCUCUACCGAAUUCGUCAAUUCCCUAA